UUCGCCCCUCGGCCUGAUAAGCUUCGACUACCCCUCCGCAAUGACAAUCCAACUGUUUCACCUCCGUAUAUCUUCAGGCUUCAAAGCUAAUCAAAUCUUUAUCAUCUCUGGUACAGCUUCUGCUAUUUUCCUCUCCCAGUUGAUUGUUACCUCAAAAAGACCUCCAGCGCCAUGGACAUCUGCCCAACCACUUCGAUAAAUCACCACACACCGAUGUCCAAUACCUCUCCUGAAUUCACUCUCUUCAGAUUCCUCCCAACUGAACUCCGUCUCAAGAUCUACGAUCUAAUCCUCGCACUCCCCCCCUCCACGACCGAGCCCCGCCGAAUCCUCAAAAUAUCCUACUCCCCAUCCCUCUCCCGCUACAUAUCUGCCACACCUCCACCUACCCUCCUACACCUCUCCCACGAAGCUCGCACAUACACCCAAAACCACUACACCCCCCUCCUCCUCGGUUCAAACGCCAAAUCCCCCACCUUCCAUGCCAGCAUACCAAUAUCUUUCCUCCAAGAUACACUCUACCUUUCCUCCCUCUCGCCCCUCCUCUUCACCCACCUUCACGAUAUACUCUUUCACCUCUCUACCUCUCCCUCUCGACACCAGAUCCAAAGUCUAGCCAUAGACCUACGAUGUUGGUCUGAGCUCAUAGAGAAUGGAUUUGGGGGCCUGUUAGCGCGGAUGAGAGGAUUGAAAGAGGUAUUGCUCGUGGUUGAAUUUGGGAGGGUAGGGUGUUUUAGGGGAGUGCUAGGGUUCUUGGAAGUCCCUAGUUGGAGAGGAGAUCUAUAUUGGCUUGCUGAGACGGCAGAGAUGAGACUGAAAGAGGAGAGGCUGAGGGUGAGGAAAGGAGGGAAGAAUCCCGGUGACGAUGUGGAGGCUUGAGUCUGAGAGGAUAGAUAUAAGGAACUUGUGAUUGCAAUAGGGUUGAAAAUCCGAAGCAGUAAGUCUGAUACGUUGGAACUGUUAUGCGAAUACGAGCCAGCAAGAGACGUCAGCUAUGUGGACAGUCCUUUGU